AUGUCCGUAGCACUGCGCCUCUCUGGUGCGGCAGCAGAUGAAGCUGCAGACGGCUAUGUCCGUGAUGAUGCGAUGGAGGCCAGCCAGCACAGUAUCAAAAAGCUGGCUGGUCAUCCGGCCGUCUCUGAGGCUUGGUCGAGUACGCAGCGAGAGUAUGAACUCAACUGUGGUUGCAGUUGGAAGGCAUUUCCGCUGCACUGCUUCGAUAAGGUCUCUUCACCGGAACAUCAUUCAACCAGUUAUUUCAGGGUUCUGCAAGCUAUAGAGACGAGAAUUAUCGGUAUCCCGCAUGCUAGCUACGUCGUUUCCAAGACAUGCGAGUACCUAGCGGCGGGCGUGGUCGCUAGUGUGUGGUAUUCGUUGGGCGUAGCGCCCAGCAGCGGUCGUCCCGGCGGCAGAUGUCAUCAUAUUCCACAAAGUCUGGACGAGAUUCAGUUUCAUUCCGAGCCUUUGGCCUCGUUGAGGACAGUGCUUCGCGCCGGCGUGAAAUGUGGUCUGGCGAGUGAAGACGCGCCGUACCAAAUCAUUCUAAAGCACAAAAGAGGUAGGUCCUCUCUACUGAACUUGGGGGCUCAGGUGCCGUUUCGUAUUUCGGGCAGCGUUGCCAAGGCGCUUGUCAGGGGCGAGGCAUUGAAAGAGAUUGUCACUGAGGCCGCAGGAACGAGAUGAGACGCGUUGGUACGAAGGGAUUUUUAGGUUUUUUCUCCCCCCCAUUUCAAAAAGAUCGCCCGAGAGAACUCACAGACGGAGAAGGCAGCCAUUUUCUUCAAUGCGUGAGACAUUGGCGUUUUGGAGGGGGGAGGGGAGGGGAGGGGAAGGUGGCAGACCCGCUAGGCACCUUUUGGGCUUAGAACAGGGGUCCUCAGGGACCUGUCUAGGUAAAGGCAAAGGUAGGUAGACAGGUUCCUACCUAGACAGG